UGAGCAUGUAGAAGAAAAAUGGAUUUUUGAGCUAAAUAAUAAAGUGGAUGUAAAUUUAUCGUCACAAAAAAUUAUAGGGAUCUUAGAAAAUAAAGAUCAAACUUGUACAUAUUCAAGAAUGUGUUGCUAUCUUAAAUAUGUCGCCUAUUUAUGGAGGGUCCGAUUAGAUAUUAUUAUUCGUGUGCACAUAGUUCAAAGUCAACUAGAAAACAUAUAUAUUCUUAUUAUACAUUAGCAAAUAUGUUCAUUGCAUAUGGUAAAUAUGUAUAUGACUACUAAUUACUUCGCAACACAUCUUAUGUUUUGUUGCAGGAUUUGUUUGUCGGGGGUAGUGACACAAGCUCUAGCACGGUGGAAUGGGCGAUGGUGGAGCUUCUCCGAAACCCAUCAUCAAUGGCGAAAGCCCAUGAGGAGCUCACACAAGUCAUCAACAUGAGGAGGAGCAUCAAAGAAUCUGAUAUUGACCAAUUGCCAUACCUUCAAGCCGUAGUCAAGGAGACAUUUCGGUUGCAUCCUCCGGUUCCAUUGUUGCUACCGCGGCAAGCCCAGGAAAAUGUAAGGAUCGCGGGUCUCAUGGUGCCCCAAGGCGCCCGUGUGCUGAUGAAUGUGUGGGCGAUGGGCCGAGAGGAAGGCAUCUGGCUUGAACCAGACAAGUUCAUGCCGGAGAGGUUUAUCGGGAGGACGGUGGACUACAAAGGUGGUGAUUUCGAGCUCCUCCCGUUCGGUGGAGGGAGGCGGGUGUGCCCCGGGAUGCCGUUGGCGAGCAGGAUGGUGCAUGUGGUCCUCGCAACAUUGUUGAAUCAGUUCGAGUGGAAGCUCCCGGUGGAGGUGGAAAGGGCAGGGAUUGAUAUGACUGAGAAGUUCGGGGUGAGCCUCACAAAAUUUGUUCCUCUUUGUCCUAUAGCUAUACCAAUUUGAGCGAAAAAUCAAUAUAAUAAUGUGUCAUCCUCAUUUGUCUCUUAGAACUAUACCUUACUAUGACGUGUGGGGUGUGCUUCGUCACAAAAUGAGCAGACCUUGUGAGGUAGGAUCCAAGUAUAUAUUUAAGAUCAAAUUUUGGAUGUGCCUUUUUGGUUUGCGUUUCCCGCAUGUAAAACUUAUGCAUCACGCAUUCGAAUGGA